CUCUCUGCCAUUUAAUUUAGCCUUAGGGUGUUUUCUUUUCUUCUUUUUUAUCUGCGCGCUGGGUUUAAUUGUUGGUUCUGGCAGUCUAUCCGAGUGGUUUUGGUCUGUUCUGUUGAUCGAUAUCUUUGAUUUAACGCUCAUGACAGGGAGAGGAUAGCCUUCUUUCCUCGUCCCUCAAUAAUUCUCAGCUGUCGUGGUCUGUUGAGAAUGGCCCCCUUGUCAUGGUUUCUCUCUCUAUCUUCACUGCUACUCUCAACACAGGCUCGACCGACUGUCUUCCACUCGAAGACAUAUAGUAAUACGUCCAAGACUCCAGCUCAGUUCUUCCCACCACCAGAUUAUGUGCCUCACCCUGUAGGAAUUCCAUUCCCUCUCCAGGACCACUCUGCCACACCAUGGCUUCGCUUCGAAGACUCUCAUAUGAGCGACCCUCUGGGCGGCGUAGCCCAUAAGAUAGCCACAAGCCCAGCAUGCUCGGCUCCAGAGACCGGCUCGUCGAAGUACUGGUACGAAGAGAUUGAACACGGUGGGGAGUCGUCGUUUUUGGCCACAGAAUACAAGAACAACUACAAGGUGUUUCGCAAUGUCGUGACCGAUUUCGGGGCAGAUAAUACGGGACAGAAGGAUUCAAGUGAAGCAAUUCAGGCGGCUAUCAACGUCGGGGCAUCCAAUGGACCGAGUCGCAGCUCCCAGGUUAUGGGAACAACCGGACAACCAGUUAUCGUGUAUCUGCCUGCAGGAACAUAUCGCCUCGAUAAGGGCUUGCAACUCUGGGUUGGCACCGUCAUCGUGGGCGACCCUACCGAUCUCCCAGUGUUAAAGGCGUCAUCUGGUUUCCCGCACGACCAUAUCAUCUUCGCCAAGGAUCCUAACUUUGGAGGAACCAUAAACUUUUAUAUUGGUUUGAAGAACGUUGUGCUUGACUCUACUGCUGUGGCUUCGAAUCAGGAUAUUGGCUUGCUGGACUGGACGGUCAGUCAGGCGACGCAGUUGACGAAUGUGGAGUUCAAUAUGCCCCUUGGGUCUAGUGGGCACACCGGCUUGACGACUCAGUAUGACUACAACAGUAAUAUCAUUUUGAACGAUCUGAGAUUCAACGGUGGUGUUAUCGGAAUGAACCUGGCUGGCCAGCAAUGGGUGUUCAAGAACUUGAAGUUCACUGGGACUAAAACCGGUGUGAUUGCCGGUGGGACUGAUAUAGUCUUCGUUGGCUGCCAAUUUGACCAGGGCGAGACUGGAAUCGAUGCUAGUGGGACAUCGGGAUCCUUGACUGUCAUUGACUCCACUGCUGAUAACUUGAACAACUUCAUCACCUCCGGAAAUUCACCUAACGCGGCCAACUCGAUUAUUCUGGAGAAUAUUCAGAGCGCUGGUACUACGGUCAAUCUCGGUGGACAAAAAGUACUAGUUGGGAAUGUACCAGAUACUUGGGUGCACGGCGAUCUAUACGCACGAAAUGACCCCCAUAUGCAGCAUGUCACAGGACAGACGGUCACCACUGAGCGCUCCCAAAGCCUGCUGUCCGGAAAUAAAUACUUUACCACGCCCCCGCCGACAUACCAGGAGUAUGCAGUCGAUCAGUUCAUCAACAUCAAGUCGGUUUCCGGUAACCGUGUUUAUGGAGAUGGAAGGCAGGAUGACACGAAGAGCAUCAAUAAUAUCUUGGCCGAAUAUACAGGGUGCAAAGUCAUAUACUUCCCUGCUGGAACUUACAUCGUUACCGACACAAUCUUUGUCCCUGAAGGUACCCGCAUAAUUGGCGAUGCCUUCGGGUCUGUCAUUUCUGGAGCUGGAAGCAAGUUUCUCGAUCCUAAAAACCCAAAGGCGAUGAUCCGAGUGGGAUACCCGGGCGAUACGGGCGUUGCUCAGAUUAGCGAUAUGAUGUUCACCGUGGCCGACGUGCUUCCGGGGUGUAAAAUGGUUGAGGUUAAUAUGGCCGGCAAAAGCCCAGGUGAUGUUGGGUUCUGGAACAGUCACUUCCGCAUUGGAGGCGCUGUUGGCAGCAAGGUUGAAACAGAGUGUGGUGGCUCUGUUGAAAAAUGCAAAGCUGCCUGGGGUCUACUUCACCUUACCGGCACGUCGUCAGUCUAUAUCGAGAAUAUGUGGGGAUGGACAGCCGAUCAUGAUCUGGAUGGCCAGAACAAGCAGAACAUCGCCACCGGUCGAGGUUUAUUGGUGGAAGCCACCAAGGGUACCUGGCUAGUCGGCACAGGAUUCGAACAUCACGCCCUUUACCAGUACAACUUUGAGCACGCACAGAACGUCUUUUCGGCCCUGCAGCAGAGUGAGACGCCUUACUGGCAAGGACCAGGGAACGCUCUGGCACCCGCGCCUUGGGCCGAUUCUCUGACCUCUAGUGACCCCAAUUACUCAGGCUGCGCAGCAAAUGAUGCAACCUGCCGUAUGGCCUUAUUCGAACGCAUCCACGGCUCGUCCCAUUUGUUCUUAUACGGAGGAUGCAACUGGGUCUUCUUCAACAACAACGGAGGAUGUAAUGGUAAAUGUCAGGAAAAUGCCAUCCAAAUCUUGGAAUCAUCACAUCUAUAUCUCUACGGCACCAACACGAAGAGUACGACGAACAUGAUCAUCUACAAAGACGAGGUAAUUGCUUCGGAAGAUGGGAACGCAGGCGGUUGGGGAGGAGUAAUUGCGGCUUACUUGUAUAAUUCUUGAAGCGACACAGGAAGGGGUAUAUACUUGUACUGUUUUCAUAAUCUGUGCGUUUAUAUAUCACGACAUAUGUACAUGAGCGGAUCCUAAGUAUUCUGAGGUUCACGGCCUGUCAAACUGGUUAGUUCUAAUAGAUAAUGAAUGGUUUUUGAGUAGCCUUUUCCUUGGCCAUUUCAGCUGUUUUUGACCGUGCUUUCUUACAGUCCUUUUUAGAAGUACUAUUCGCCGUUGAAUAGGCAUCUAGUAAAUCUCUCUCGAGUCUGC